AUGCAGAAUUGGAUGUGCAUGCAUAUACAAAUGGCUGUGUUGGAAAAGUUUUGGAAAAGAACUCCUGUCGUGGAGAUAAUGCUGACAAGGGCCGCCAUUCCAUUUGCUCGUGCCGUGCGCCAGUGUCACCAGAAUACUCCUGUGAAGUUUACAGGACAAACUCCCACCAGUUUCAUACACGACGGUUGGGCAAACGCG